AUGGAAACCACUGAGCAUUUGACUGAAGAACCUUCUGUUACUACUGAUGAUUUCACUACAGAACUUAAUACAGAAGACACAACCACAGAAUUUUCUACCUUGGAAACAACUGAAAAUUUGACUGAAGAACCUCCUACUGUGGAAACAACUGAGAAUUUUACUGAAGAGCCUUCUUUUACUACUGAACUUUUUACUACAGAAUUUUUUACAAUGGAAGCAACUUCAGAAUCUCUUACUGUUGAAACAACAAAGACUUUGACAGAAGAGCCUUCUGUUACUACCGAAAUUUUAACUACAGAAGAAACAACUUUAGAAUUUCCUACCGUGGAAAACACUGAGCUCUUGACUGACGAACCUUCUGUUACUACUGAUGUUUUUACUACAGAACUUAAUACAGAAGACACAACCACAGAAUUUGCUACACUGAAAACAACUAAGAAUUUGACCGAAGAACCUCCUACUGUGGAAACAACUGAGAAUUUUACUGAAGAGCCUUCUUUUACUACUGAACUUUUUACUACAGAAUUUAUUACAAUGGAAGCAACUUCAGAAUCUCCUACUGUGGAAACAACAAAGACUUUGACAGAAGAGCCUUCUGUUACUACUGAAAUUUUUACUACAGAAGAAACAACUUCAGAAUUUCCUACCGUGGAAACCACUGAGCUUUUGACUGAAGAACCUUCUGUUACUACUGAUGUUUUUACUACAGAACUUAAUACAGAAGAUACAACCACAGAACUUUCUACCGUGGAAACAACUGAGAAAUUGACUGAAGAACCUCCUACUAUGGAAACAACUGAGAAUUUUACUGAAGAGCCUUCUUUUACUACUGAAUUUUUUACUACAGAAUUUUUUUCAAGGGAAGCAACUUCAGAAUCUCCUACUGUGGAAACAACAAAGACUUUGACAGAAGAGCCUUCUAUUACUACUGAAAUUUUUACUACAGAAGAAACAACUUCAGAAUUUCCUACCAUGGAAACCACUGAGCAUUUGACUGAAGAACCUUCUGUUACUACUGAUGUUUUCACUACAGAACUUAAUACAGAAGACACAACCACAGAAUUUUCUACCGUAGAAACAACUGAGAAUUUGACUGAAGAACCUCCAACUAUGGAAACAACUGAGAAUUUUACUGAAGAGCCUUCUUUUACUACUGAACUUUUUACUACAGAAUUUUUUUCAAUGGAAGCAACUUCAGAAUCUCCUACUGUGGAAACAACAAAGACUUUGACAGAAGAGACUUCUGUUACUACCGAAAUUUUUACUACAGAAGAAACAACUUCAGAAUUUCCUACCGUGGAAACCACUGAGCUUUUGACUGAAGAACCUUCUGUUACUACUGAUGUUUUUACUACAGAACUUAAUACAGAACAUACAACCACAGAAUUUUCUACCGUGGAAACAACUGAAUAUUUGACUGAAGAACCUCCAACUAUGGAAACAACUGAGAAUUUUACUGAAGAGCCUUCUUUUACUACUGAACUUUUUACUACAGAAUUUUUUACAAUGGAAGCAACUUCAGAAUCUCCUACUGUGGAAACAACAAAGACUUUGACAGAAGAGCCUUCUGUUAAUACUGAAAUUUUUACUACAGAAGAAACAACUUCAGAAUUUCCUACCGUAGAAACCACUAAGCUUUUGACUGAAGAAACCUCUGUUACUACUGAUGUUUUUACUACAGAACUUAAUACAGAACACACAACCACAGAAUUUUCUACCGUGGAAACAACUCAGAAUUUUACUGAAAAACCUUCUUUUACUACUGAACUUUUUACUACAGAUUUUUUUACAAUGGAAGUAACUUCAGAAUCUGCUACUGUGGAAACAACAACGACUAUGACAGAAGAGCCUUCUGUUAAUACUGAAAUUUUUACUACAGAAGAAACAACUUCAGAAUUUCCUACCAUGGAAACCACUGAGCAUUUGACUGAAGAACCUUCUGUUACUACUGAUGUUUUUACUACAGAACUUAAUACAGAAGACACAACCACAGAAUUUUCUACCGUGGAAACAACUGAGAAUUUGACUGAAGAACCUCCUACUGUGGAAACAACUGAGAAUUUUACUGAAGAGCCUUCUUUUACUACUGAAUUUUUUACUACAGAAUUUUUUUCAAGGGAAGCAACUUCAGAAUCUCCUACUUUGGAAACAACAAAGACUUUGACAGAAGAACCUUCUGUUACAAAUGAAAUUUUUACUACAGAAGAAACAACUUCAGAAUUUCCUACAGUGGAAACCACUGAGCUUUUGACUGAAGAACCUUCUGUUACUACUUAUGUUUUUACUACAGAACUUAAUACAGAAGACACAACCACAGAACUUUCUACCGUGGAAACAACUGCGAAAUUGACUGAAGAACCUCCUACUGUGGAAACAACUGAGAAUUUUACUGAAGAGGCUUCUUUUACUACUGAAUUUUUUACUACAGAAUUUUUUUCAAGGGAAGCAACUUCAGAAUCUCUUACUGUGGAAACAACAAAGACUUUGACAGAAGAGCCUUCUGUUACAACUGAAAUUUUUACUACAGAAGAAACAACUUCAGAAUCUCCUACCGUGGAAACCACUGAGCUUUUGACUGAAGAACCUUCUGUUACUACUGAUGUUUUUACUACAGAACUUAAUACAGAAGACAAAACCACAGAAUUUUCUACCGUGGAAACAACUGAGAACUUGACUGCAGAACCUCCUACUGUGGAAACAACUGAGAAUUUUACUGAAGAGCCUUCUGUUACUACUGAAUUUUUUUCAAGGGAAGCAACUUCAGAAUCUCCUACUUUGGAAACAACAAAGACUUUGACAGAAGAGCCUUCUGUUACCACUGAAAUUUUUACUACAGAAGAAACAACUUCAGAAUUUCCUACCGUGGAAACCACUGAGCUUUUGACUGAAGAACCGUCUGUUACUACUGAUGUUUUUACUACAGAACUUAAUACAGAAGACACAACCACAGAAUUUUCUACCUUGGAAACAACUGAGAAUUUGACUGAAGAACCUCCUACUGUGGAAACAACUGAGAAUUUUACUGAAGAGCCUUCUUUUACUACUGAAUUUUUUACUACAGAAUUUUUUUCAAGGGAAGCAACUUCAGAAUCUCUUACUGUGGAAACAACAAAGACUUUGACAGAAGAGCCUUCUGUUACUACCGAAAUUUUAACUACAGAAGAAACAACUUCAGAAUUUCCUACCGUGGAAACCACUGAGCUCUUGACUGACGAACCUUCUGUUACUACUGAUGUUUUUACUACAGAACUUAAUACAGAAGACACAACCACAGAAUUUGCUACACUGAAAACAACUGAGAAUUUGACCGAAGAACCUCCUACUGUGGAAACAACUGAGAAUUUUACUGAAGAGCCUUCUUUUACUAUUGAACUUUUUACUACAGAAUUUUUUACAAUGGAAGCAACUUCAGAAUCUCCUACUGUGGAAACAACAAAGACUUUGACAGAAGAGCCUUCUGUUACUACUGAAAUUUUUACUACAGAAGAAACAACUUCAGAAUUUCCUACCGUGGAAACCACUGAGCUCUUGACUGACGAACCUUCUGUUACUACUGAUUUUUUUACUGCAGAACUUAAUACAGAAGACAAAACCACAGAAUUUUCUACCGUGGAAACAACUGAGAAUUUGACUGAAGAACCUCCAACUAUGGAAACUACUGAGAAUUUUACUGAAGAGCCUUCUUUUAUUACUGAACUUUUUACGACAGAUUUUUUUACAAUCGAAGUAACUUCAGAAUCUCCUACUGUGGAAACAACAAAGACUUUGACAGAAGAGCCUUCUGUUACAACUGAAAUUUUUACUACAGAAGAAACAACUUCAGAAUUUAUUACCGUGGAAACCACUGAGCUUUUGACUGAAGAACCUUCUGUUACUACUGAUGUUUUUACUACAGAACUUAACACAGAAGACACAACCACAGAAUUUUCUACCGUAGAAACAACUGAGAAUUUGACUGAAGAACCUCCUACUGUGGAAACAACUGAGAAUUUUACUGAAGAGCCUUCUUUUACUACUGAAUUUUUUACUACAGAAAUUUUUACAAUGGAACUAACUUCAGAAUCUCCUACUGUGGAAACAACAAAGACUUUGACAGAAGGGCCUUCUGUUACUACUGAAAUCUUUACUACAGAAGAAACAACUUCAGAAUUUCCUACCGUAGAAACCACUGAGCUUUUGACUGAAGAACCUUCUGUUACUACUGAUGUUUUUACUACAGAACUUAAUACAGAAGACACAACCACAGAAUUUUCUACACUGAAAACAACUGAGAAUUUGACUGAAGAACCUCCUACUGUGGAAACAACUGAGAAUUUUACUGAAGAGUCUUCUUUUACUACUGAACUUUUUACUACAGAAUUUUUUACAAUGGAAGCAACUUCAGAAUCUCCUACUGUGGAAACAACAAAGACUUUGACAGAAGAGCCUUCUGUUACUACUGAAAUUUUUACUACAGAAGAAACAACUUCAGAAUUUCCUACCGUGGAAACCACUGAGCUUUUGACUGAAGAACCUUCUGUUACUACUGAUGUUUUCACUACAGAACUUAAUACAGAAGACACAACCACAGAAAUUUCUACCGUGGAAACAACUGAGAAUUUGGCUGAAGAACCUCCUACUGUGGAAACAACUGAGAAUUUUACUGAAGAGCCUUCUUUUACUACUGAAUUUUUUACUACAGAAUUUUUUUCAAGGGAAGCAACUUCAGAAUCUCUUACUGUGGAAACAAUAAAGACUUUGUCAGAAGAGCCUUCUGUUACUACCGAAAUUUUUACUACAGAAGAAACAACUUCAGAAUUUCCUACCAUGGAAACCACUGAGCUUUUGACUGAAGAACCUUCUGUUACUACUGAUGUUUUUACUACAGAACUUAAUACAGAAGACACAACCACAGAAUUUUCUACCUUGGAAACAACUGAAAAUUUGACUGAAGAACCUCCUACUGUGGAAACAACUGGGAAUUUUACUGAAGAGCCUUCUUUUACUACUGAUUUUUUUACUACAGAAUUUUUUUCAAGGGAAGCAACUUCAGAAUCUCUUACUGUGGAAACAACAAAGACUUUGACAGAAGAGCCUUCUGUUACAACUGAAAUUUUUACUACAGAAGAAACAACUUCAGAAUUUCCUACCGUGGAAACCACUGAGCUUUUGACUGAAGAACCUUCUGUUACUACUGAUGUUUUUACUACAGAACUUAAUACAGAAGACACAACCACAGAAUUUUCUACCGUGGAAACAACUGAGAAUUUGACUAAAGAACCUCCUACUGUGGAAACAACUGAGAAUUUUACUGAAGAGCCUUCUUUUACUACAGAAUUUUUUACUAUAGAUUUUUUUACAAUGGAAGCAACUUCAGAAUCUCCUACUGUGGAAACAACAAAGACUUUGACAGAAGAGCCUUCUGUUACUACUGGAAUCUUUACUACAGAAGAAACAACUUCAGAAUUUCCUACUGUGGAAACCACUAAGCUUUUGACUGAAGAACCUUCUGUUACUACUGAUGUUUUUACUACAGAACUUAAUACAGAAGACACAACCACAGAAUUUUCUACCGUGGAAACAACUGAGAAUUUGACUAAAGAUCCUCCUACUGUGGAAACAACUGAGAAUUUUACUGAAGAGCCUUCUGUUACUACUGAACUUUUGACUACAGAAUUUUUUACAAUGGAAGCAACUUCAGAAUCUUCUACUGUGGAAACAACAAAGACUUUGACAGAAGAGCCUUCUGUUACUACUGAAAUUUUUACUACAGAAGAAACAACUUCAGAAUUUCCUACCAUGGAAACCACUGAGCAUUUGACUGAAAAACAUUCUGUUACUACUGAUGUUUUUACUACAGGACUUAAUACAGAAGACACAACCACAGAAUUUUCUACCGUGGAAACAACUGAGAAUUUCACAGAAGAGUCUUCUUAUACUACUGAACUUUAUUCAAUGGAAACAGCCUCAGAAUAUCCUACUGUGGAAACAACUGAGACUUUGACAGAAGAACCUUCUGUUACUACAGAAUUGUAUACAAUGGAAACAACCUCAGAAGCUCCUAUUAUGGAAACAACUGUUAAUUUUACUGAUGAACCUCCUACUAUGGAAACGACUGAGAAUAUGACUAAAGAGCCUUCUUUUACUACUGAAAUUUUUACUAAUUUUUUUUCUACAACAGAAACAACCUCAGAAUCUCCAACUGUUGAAACAAAUGAAAAUUUGACUGAAGAACCUCCUACUAUGAAAACAACACACAGUUUGACAGUAGAGCCUUACGUUACUACUGAACCUUUUACUACCAAACUUUAUUCAGUGGAAACAGCCUCAGAAUCUCCUACUGUGGAAACCACUAAAAAUUUGACCAAAGAACCCUCUAUAACUACUGAACUUACAGCUACUUUAAAAAACCCAACUACUACAGCAACAACUGGGACUAAUAAUUCCACCGCAGCAACCAUGUCAAAACCUGCAACACUGACAGAAACAGUGCCCUUUACCAUACCAGUAUCUACCAGUAGCACUACAGGAUUACAUCCCGCAACCGUGGCAACUACUACAAAACCAACAACAAUAUUAUCUACUAAUGCCACUGCAAUAUUACAGCCCUCGACUAUUGCUACAAAUCCAACAACUGCAAUGGGAACUGCUAUGAUCUUAACACCAGAAACCACAACACUUUCCACAACAAUGUUAAGGACUACAGUGCCAACUAUUGUACCUAAUCAAACUACUGUUGAUGCCUUAACCUUAAAUACUACUACAGCAAGGACAGCUUUUAAUAAUGUUACUUCAACAUUUCAACUUACAACACUGGCAAUAACGGAGUCUUCAACUACAAUGCCAACUACUGUAGCAACAACUAAAACUACUUUAAUAAAUCCUACUACUAUAGCUAUAACUGAGACUCCAAAUUCCACACCAAUAACUACAACGGCAUCUACCAAUGGCAUUACAGAAUUAAACCCCACAACAAUGGCAACUACUCUAAAACCAGCAAUAUUAUUUACUAAUGCCACCACAACAUUUCAGCCCACAACAAUUGCUACUCUUACAACUCCAUCAACAGCAACUACAACGAUCUUAACAUCAAAAUCCACAACCACAAUGGCGCCUUCCACAACAUCAUCAGCAAGAACUACAGAAACUACUAUUGCACCUAAUCAAUUUACAGAGAACACCCUAACCAGUCAGAAACCCAAUACAAGUUCAAAAUCCACCCUUCCUACUCCAGCACCAGCAGGCAUACCAAUGAAUUCUGCUCUGCUCAGAUUUACAACAUCUUCUCCUCUAACCUCUGCUGCUGAAAUGGACGCACUUGUGCUAAAGAUUUGUUCCACUUUUCUUCCAAAAUACCAGAGAAGUGACAUCACAGUGACCUUGAGGCCAAGCGGCACCGCAGUGAAUUGUGCGUCUGUGAUUCGCUCAGUGACCCAGUGAAUUCUGCCCCCGGGUUCUUUAUGGACAGGAGUCAGGACGCUGCAGAACUGACAUAAAUGCUCCACAUCUCCGAGUCACAAGAGAAUUACAAAGUAUCAGAGUGACUAUGAACAAUGAAAACACAUUUAUACACAUAUUAUACACAAAAGCCAUGAAUAUCUUGUAAAUUAUAUCCUUAUAAACGGUGAGUUCUGAUGUCAUCAGUUAUAAACGGUGAGUUCUGAUGUCAUUUCUGUCACAUGACUCACUGAAACUUGUGUAUUAUAAUAAAUAAAGUCCCCGCUGUUGCAAAAUAUGAGGAUAUUAGAAGUUACCUCGGGGGUUCCAUGACCUGUAUAAAAACACUCAGCCUUCGGCCUCGUCAUGAAACUCCCCGGUAACUUAUAAUAUCCUUAUAAUUGACAAGAGGGGGUACUUUAUUCACUAUAUAUUACAGUAUAUUGAUGUAAGGCGGGGGAGGCUUAUACCUGUGCACUGUAUUAUUGUAAUUUAUUUGUAUUUAUGGCCUAUGUGUGAUUAAAGUAAAGUAUAGUAAGGGAACGUAUGAGAUUUAUGCUGUGCAUAUAAUAGUAUCAUUAGUAUCAGGUUUCCAUGUGAUAUUUGUAAUAUGGUUUUUAAUAACCCAAUGAAUAAACGUAUUUUUUUCUCUAUGGAAUCU